AUGUUUGCACGAUUAAGAAUACCGCGCAUCGGCGCGGGCAUCGCCGCCGCUGCCAGAGCACCGGCGAGACCUCUCCAGCAGCGCUCGAUACACUACGUCCCCCAGCUCUCCCACGACUUCAAGGACGGCGUCCCGGGCCUCCUCUCGGCCGAUGGUUACGAUAUGGCGUGGAACCAGUACAUGACACUUGUCCUUGACAAGCUCAAUGCCUUGAUCGCAGGCACCGACCUUGAGCAACGCGACGUCAAACAGAUCCUCCUCGCCUCCGCCCAGGACCCCUCCCAAGCCCCCGUCUUCAACAACGCCUCCAUGGCGCACAACACCCACUUCUUCUUCAAGAACAUCACCCCGGACCCGAAACCCAUGCCCGAGUCCCUCGCCGCCGAUCUCGCCCACUCCUUCUCUUCCAUCGAGACUCUCCGCCGCGAGAUGAUCCUCACCGCCUCGUCCAUGUUCGGCCCCGGUUUCGUCUGGCUCGUCAAGGCAGGCCACCAAGACUACCGCGUCCUGACGACCUACCUCGCCGGCUCCCCCUACCCGGGCGCCCACUGGCGCCUCCAGAGCACCGACAUGAACACCGUCGGUCUCGGCGGCUCCGCCAACAACUAUUUCCAGCGCAGCGCCGCCGCCCAGAGGCCCGGCACCAAGCCGCCGGGCGCACUCGACGCCGUACCGCUGCUGUGCCUCAACACGUGGGAGCAUACGUGGAUCCGCGAUUACGGGCUCGGUGUCGGCGGCCGCGGCGGCAAGAAGGCGUUUGCUGAGGCGUGGUGGGAGGUUAUUGACUGGGAAGCGGUUAACACGGCGGCGGACAUUCCCGCUCGGCCACAGUUUAUGCGGUAA